AUGACACCCAGUCAAAAGGCCAGUGACCCUCUGGAAGCCCCAAAACUGGAGACCUGUUCACCAGACCCUUCGACUUGCCUUGUGGGCGAUAAGGGCACAGAAACGCCAAGCAGUACCACCACGUCCGGCGAGAUGGACUCCUCACAAAACUCCUCGCUCCUUAAGCAGAAGCCUAGGAAGAUCGGAUAUGUGCUUGACUGGGCCGUUAAGGUUGUUAGUCUUAUCGCUGCGAUCCUAUUCGGUAUCUGGGCACCUCUAUCGUAUAGAGCCACCGUCGAUGAAAGUCACAGCAACGACGCAGCGCAGCAGAAGGUCGUGAAUGCAAUGGAGUCCGCAAAUGCACAAGCUUCAAGCGCACUCGACCUUCAGAUAUCUGCACUUGGCCUCCAGCAAUCCGCUGCGAAGGCGCAGAGCGCAAUAUUAGACGACAUCGGGAACCGCAUUGCUGCCAUGGGGCAGCUCUCCUUAGUGGAGUUCUGCCUCAGCCAGAAAGUGAGAUGGAUAUUUCUUUGCCGGUCGAGUGUACCUGCAUAA